AUGAAGGAAGUAUUUGGACUAGAUCCUUUGAACUAUAUAACAUUAGCAUCAUUCGUAUUUGAUAUAGCAAAAAAGAUGACUAAGACCAUCCAUUACUUGAAAAACUUCCUCCAGAUCAAUGAAUAUGUCUUUCCGAUGGUUCACUCUUAUGCAUUGAAAACUGAAGAUGAGUAUAAAAAUAUACAGAAGGCAAAGGGUCUCAAAAAAUCUCUCAUCAAAAAAGAACUAACUAUUGAUAUUUAUGAGCAUUGUAUUUUAGAAGGUGUGGAAGAUGAACCCAAACUGCAAACUUCUUGCGAUGCAAUUGGAAAUUGUCGAAUUCCAGCUUAUCUAUCUGCAUUGGAGCAAUAUGGGAAUAAUAUUUCUCAAGAAAUAUUGAUAGAUUUGG